AUGCUUUUCUUGUUCUCUUUCUUUCUCAUCAUUUCAUAUACGCCUCUCUUUUUCCUUUUUCCUUUUUUCUUUCUUUCUUUCUUUCUUUCUUUCUUUCUUUCUUUUCUUUCUUUGCUAUUCUUUCUCUUUUUUCGAUCUUUACACGUUUUAUUUGGAUUUCUUUUUGUCCUUUUCUUUUCAUUUAUAAUGCUUCUCCUUUUCUCUCUUUGUAAAGCUUUCUUUUCGUUCUUUCUUUCUGUGGUAAGUUAUCUUUCUUUCAUCAUAUUUUCUCUGUUCUUUUUUACCUCUCUUUCUUCGAAGCGACGUCUUUUUUUUUGUCGCGUUUUCCCUCUUCAUUUUGUAGUCACGACGCCUCUCUUCCUUUCUUUCCUUCUCUCUCUCUCUCUCUCUCUCUCUAGUGGGGGGCGUUCUCUCUCUUCUUUCUUUUUUACUACAUUUUCUUUUUUUCUUUAUUUCUUUCUUUUUCAUGCCUUCUGUUUUUCUUUAUGUCUUUGUUACUUUAUCUCUCUUCUGUUUCUUUCUUUGCUACGUCUUCUCUCUUUGUUACUUGUAGGCACGUUCCCUCUCUUUUCGGAUCUUUUACCACGUUCUCUUUCUUUCUUCCUUUCUUUCUUUCUUCCUUUCUUUUUUUCAUUCUUUCUCUCUCUCUCUCUUUCUUUCUUUCUUCCUUUCUUUGCUAUGGCUUCUCUUUUUCUUUCUAUCUUUGUGACGUUAUGUCUCUUUCUUUUCUUUCUUCCUUUGCUACGUUUUCACUCACUCUCUCUCUCUCUCUCCCCUCUCUCAGGCACCUCUCUUUUCGAUCUUUCUUUCUGUAGCAAGUCUUUCUUUCCCACUUUCUUUUUUCUUUCUUUUAUCUGUUUUCUUUUUCUUUGUUUCCUUUCUCUUUUUUCUUUUUCCUUUUUCUUUCUUAUAUAUAUAUAUAUAUAA